AUGUCGCUGGCCAUGGCUCCUCAGUAUCCAGCGGCCGUGCUCGCCCUCUUCUUGGCCGCCUUUCCCUCCACAACCUUGGCUUCACCUAUAUCCCACCUUCAAAAACGCGACAUGGGCACUGGUGCCAAAGCUGGUCUCGGUGUUGGUCUCGCAGUCGCGGCCAUUCUCUUCAUAGGCCUCAUCGCCUUCUUCAUCAUCCACUUCCGCCGCUCUCAACAUCUGGCUGCCGUCAAUAAGGAACGUGCCAUCCUCGCUGGCGAGAAGAAUGAAGACGGCACCGACAAGCCCGACAAAUUCGCCCCCAACCCACCCGAGAAGUCAGCAAUGCCUCGACGAAACAAGUCAGUCAAGGACCGACUCAUGGGACCACUCUACCGCGGCAGCACCAUUGACCUGAUGCCCAUUCCCAAGGCUCACUUCAACCCGAACCGAAGCAGCACCGCCACGACACAGACUGCCCACUGGGAUAACAUCGAUGGUCAACCGUUCCUGCACAAACCUUGGGCUGGCGGCGAGAGCUCCCCUCGGCCCAGCUUCAGCAGCAAGCGAGCGACCAGAAUGAUGAUGAUGAUGUAA